GCACAACUCAAGCCAUCCCAUCUCUGCUCCUCCCGCCUCACCACCAGUCGUCUGUUCGAAACAUCUUCACCGACAACGUCGCUCCAUUAUCGCAACUGAAACCGAUACCAAGGGCCACGAUCCUUCUACCCGGUAACGACGUACGCAAAGACGGUCCGGACAAGCAAGUAGAACAUGCCCUUUCCAUCCAAGACGACCCUCAUCACGGGCGCGACGUCGGGAAUCGGCCUCGCCCUGGCCGACCGCCUCGUCGCCAACGGCACUUACGUCAUCGCCGUUGGCCGCCGGACCGACCGCCUCGACGCUCUCGUCUCCUCCCACGGGCCCGAAAAGGUCGCCGCCGAGCCCUUCGACGUCACCGACCUCGAGGCCCUGCCGGCAUGGGUCGACAAGAUCACGUCAACAUACCCAUCCCUCGAUACAAUCAUCCUCAAUGCGGGAAUCCAGCGCAGUGUGGACUUCACAAGCCCAUCCUCCAUCUCUCUGUCCUCCGUGUCCUCGGAGCUCGCCACGAACUAUCUUGCCCCGGUGCAUAUGAUCACCCAUUUCCUCCCUCAUCUCCAGUCCCUCCGAUCGUCCAUCACCACCAGCACCUGCUCCAUAAUUCUCGUCUCUUCAGGCCUCGCCCUCGUCCCCAUCCCCCGCUGCCCGAACUACUGCGCCACAAAGUCCGCCCUUCACUCCCUCGCCUGGUCCCUCCGCGCCCAGCUUGCCGCCCACGGGCCGUCAGCUCACAUCCGCGUCGUCGAGGUCGUCCCGCCCGCCGUCCGGACCGAGCUGCAUUCCCAGCAGCCCGAUCUUGUCGCCGCAGGCCAGGCUGACUUCGGCAUGCCACUCGACGAGUUCACCGAGGAAACUUGGGCGGCGUUGGUGGAGGGGAACGAAGAUGAAGUCAUCGUUGGGCCGGCCAAGAACUUUGCCCAUGUUGAAACGGACAGGAAAAAGAUGUUCGACAAGAUGACCGAGUCGUUCAACAACGGCAACAAGUCGUAAUUCCGCCAUCAUAAUCGUCGACCCGACCUUCCAGCCAGGUCCAACGAGGCGACUGCGUGUUUGUGUUGUUUCUUUUCCCGAUCUGUUAAAAGGACUUGCACAAGGACUGUGAAGAGAAAACGAAAAAGCGGCUGUCUCUGUUCACCCAGGCCCGUCUCCCUUCCAUCUCAGGAAUUCGUCUCGAGACCCGUCGCGUAGAAACCAAAGUUCCAUGUCCAGCUGAGAAAGGAGAGAAAACCAAGCCUGGCCAAAUCUUUCCUUGCCCCCUCUUUCCCAAUGGUAUGUCUUACUCUCGAUGCGUCUGAACCAAGACAACGUGAGCCUCCAAGGUGCUCCUUGUCCAGAGGCAAGCGAGAAAUAUCAAUGAGAGACUGUCGAUAACCCGACGACUAGGUUAAGAAUGUAAAAGAAGUGAAGAUGAAUUGUUUUAAGUCAACCCAGCCUCGAGUGCUGGAAUAUGAUGAAAAGCCGCCAAACCUCCUGAAUAGAAACACCGUUUGAUUCGUGAGAACGCGCCUGUCCGUCCAACCCAUCGUUCAAUCC